UCCUUUUCUGCUCCCAUACUGGUGACCAUUUCCAUGCAGUGCAAGUCCACACGAAGCAGUGGCACAUCCAUUCAUCUUCUGCUUAGAGGUAGGCCUUUGAGAAUAUUGGGGUGAGGGGAAGUGGAAUAUUUAAUUUACUGAUGUGGUCUAUAUUAGAAAGGCCUUUCUGAUGGGUUUAGAAAAGCUCAGUCCAAGUACAGUGAAAAAAAAGGAGGGAGGCAAAAGCUCUUCCUUUAGUUUUAAAAAACUGAAGCUUCUUCUUCUGCCAUAUACACACCCUGAUUUUUGCUGUGGAUUUAGCCACGUGCUGAACACAUUAGGGUGUGCCUAAAUGCACCAAGGACUUUCUUGGUUUUUUAAGCCUGCUCUCGUGGAGUAAACAUGAGAAGGUGCCUGUGAAUUUCUUUUUAAAACCACUCCAAGCCAGUGGAAGCUCUUGUCGUCACUCCAUAAAAUGUGCUUGUACAACCGUGGCUUGCUUAACACGGAGUACGUGCGUGCUGGGGCUGGGGCAGGCUGGGCAGGAAGAGCUGUGUGUACACACCGCUGCUUGGCCAUUGUUCUGCAGCUAUUUGAGUGCUGCAGAUGAACAAAGGAAAGGGGCUAGAGCAGGACUGGAAGCCAGCCCACGUGUGACGAUAGUUUACAAGGAAAAGCCCCUUCCUCCUGCCCAGUGGGCCUGAAACUGAAAGCAGGGCAAAACGCUGUUGCCUUGGGAGGUUGUCCUCUUAGGAAGACCUUCAUGUGGCAAAGGCAUGUGGGCCCUGACUGCUGGGCUUGUCCCUCAUGUCUCUUCUGCUUGCAACUCUGCUUGCCUGGAGCAGAAAUGGCUCCUGGCUGCCAGCUAGGAUAAUGGGCAGGAAGAGAUGUGAGCUCUGCAAAGCAGUCCUAGGGCAGCACAUCCCAGCCGUGAUGAAAGUCCCCAGGUGGAACCAGCCCUUCUGCAGAAGGAAGGAGAGGACACAGGUUUAAAGGAAAUAGAUUCCUGGUUCUCAGGCUGGGAAAGAACUGCACGCUGCAGAGAUCUGGGAGCCAUUUAGGCCUGAAGAGGUGACAACCACCCAGAAAGAUCCAGCAUGAAGACACUGCUCUUCGGGCACUGCAGGCUUCCUGCAGCAGUUUCCUGGCACUGCCUUCCCAGUGCUGCACCACAGCAGGAAAAGCCCAGAAGAGGCAGAGUGUGUCCCAAUUGCCUUCACAGACCUUGACCCAGCUCCAUGGCAAUCUGGAGCAUCACUCGGGCUCCUCAGCCAGGGAAUUAUCUACACCGUACUCUUGCCCAUACCACUCACUGAUAUAGAAGAGCUAAUCACCUUCCAAGCACCACAGAAGGGAGUGACAUUGCCCACCUCGUUGCUGCCUACGCAGACAGGGUGUAUGACAGGCCUCAAUUAGCACGGUCUUCCCAGCCCAAGACUGAUAAAGAUCUUGCCUACUGGAGAAGACGAGGACAGGACUUCAGUGUGCUCCUGAGCUAUUCCCAGAAAGCCGGUGUGGAAAUGAAAGGCCUGGCUGCAGCCCCGGGGGCACCCCAGCACCCCAAGGAGAGUCAGCUGAAGGUGGGCACAGGUUCAGGGCACAGCAGAAGACGUGGCUUGCAGGAGAGCUGUGAAGUGCCCAGUGACUGCAGAUGGCAAAGUAUGGGAAUGGAAAGCUGGAACCAGCCAAAAAAGGUAGGGAGACAAAUGUCUGAGGGUGACAGGGAGAAGCUGCUUCAAGAGCUGUAUUCACUGACUCUGGGAGACAAUGUACUGAGCACCCGCAACAAGGGGAAAUCACAAUCAUUGCCAAGGGUCCUUUCACCCGAGAGCAUGAGGUGUGUGGAAAUGCCCUCCCUGACCAACAGUAACAACUCACUCAGCGUAAAUAAAGCCCCCUCGUAUCCCCCAAACAAACUGAGUGUGGAACCAGCCAAGCCCCACGAAACAGGAGGCCAUCUCCUUCCCCUGGUGAAACCCAAGUAUGGGAAACCUCUCAAGCCUCCCUCCUAUGAACUGCAGCGGCAGACCAGAGCACCUGCCCAUGCUGUGGGUUUCCAGGACCACUACCAGAAAGAUGAACCCAUCUCUUACUUAGCCAAAGUUAAUGAGCCAAGGCAAGAGGCUUGCAUUCAUGACUCUGGUUUGGAGCCCCCAGUCUAUGUACCUCCUCCUUCUUACAAAUCCCCACCUCACCAAAACGUGACCCCGCAUCCUCUCAGUGAAGUGCCUAACACAGACACAUAUGCCAGCAGCAAUCAGCAGGGUCCUGCAGAGCGGGUUGUCCCCUGCCAACGACCAGCCAUGAAUACUUCUGAAGAAGGGGUUGACCCUUGCAAAGACAACCAUCUUCCUCACGGGAAGCAAAGCCAUGUACGGCGCUCUGCUGACUACCUGCGUUCUGUUCAGUAUAUUCCCUUUGAUGAUCCUCGGAUACGACAUAUUAAAAUUGCACCACCUGAAAGUCUUCAGGACAACACUAAAUACACUGAAAAUGCACGUAGUCCCAGUUCUGGUGCUUUGCAAGAGAGAGAUCUUGAAGUACAGUACAACAGUGCCUUUCUGGAUGCAUCAAACUUGUCCAAUUCUGCAAAGGGCGAAAGAACUUCCAUCAGCUCCACCCAUAGCAACAGAUGGUUGGCACCGUCCAUCCAAGAUCAGGAAAACUGUGCCUUGCUGGACCAAAGAGACGGUUGUAGCACAACUAAUCACAGCCCCUGUAACGAAGCCAGUGUGGAGUACACAAAAGGCAAACUUUCUGUAAGAAAUUCACAUAUGGACAGCACCUGUGAGACUGUUACAAAAGUGAAAAAGUUUGAACCUGGAACUGGGAUGCAGAGUAAAAAAAGUUCAAAGAAAAAAAUGAAUGAAACUAUAUUUUGUUUGGUAUCUAUCCCAGUUAAAUCAGAAUCCAAUCUGCCAGAUACAGAUAGGAACAACAACAUAACCCAGAGCCCUGGUAAGAAUGGGUUUGAUAACAAUGGGGCUUUGCAAGAACAAAGUCUCUUAAGUAUGUCUUCAACGGACUUGGAGUUACAAGCGCUUACAGGAAGCAUGACCAAUAAAAAUGAGUUACAAAAACAAGAGCUGUGGAGACCAGAAGAGUUCAAACAAAUGAAUGACCUCAGAUUUAUUCAGCCUGCAAAACACAGAGAGCUCAAAUACUCUGGCUCCUGGCCAGGUGAUCAGUACAAAGACCAGCAGACACAGACCAGUUUCACAGAAGAACCUAAAAGCCCGCAAUUUUUCCAUGGUACAGAGCCUGAGCAGCCCAGUAGUAACAAACCACUGUCUCCAAAGCUUCUAGGUUGUACGCUAUCCACGAUAGGGUCAAACCAGACAGAGUUACCUUCUGAUGAGAGAAGCUGCAGGCAGAGCACUUACGGUAUGAAGGGUCAGAUGUACCUCAGCCAGUCUAGCAACAGUGCAUUUUCCAGGACUGCCACCUCAGUCCUUCAUGCCCCCUCCCCAAAAGUGCUCCGGAGCCAGCCCAUGUCUGCCCAGGAGAGGGAAACUGGCCUUCUCUCCAAGGGAGAUGUAAUUAAGGGAGAACCAGGUGCUCCCUGCAACAGUAAAGAGCUGUUUGGUCAGUUCCUGUUGAAGCCUGUAAGUCGCCGUCCCUGGGAUGCAAUAAGUGAGCUAGAAAGUUUUAACAAGGAGCUGCAAGAGCAGGAGGAGAGCACAAGCAGUGAAGAAGAUUUGGAAAGUGCUGUGGCUUCCCUGCAGGCAGGUGCCCUUAGGCAAAGGAGGGCCUCCAGAAAUGAGAAGUUGAACCAGGAGCCAAAACACAGUGGGAAAUCGGAAAUGGUUGUGCCAGAAGGGCCUGUAUUUAAGUCAGGAAGAGUUAAAAGUAAGUCUGAAAGUUGGAGUGUGGGGACGGAGCAUGGUGGCGAGCCAGGCAGCAUUGGUUCUCAAGGCUCUUUGCAGCCAGGAGGGAGCAGUGAAGGAGUCAGACCAGCAGAUGGAAGUCUGAUAACAGAAAUGAGGAUGGGGGAAGCCAAGAACAUAAAAAGCAAGCAGCCAGUUGACAUGGAGCCUCUCCAGAGAGUUUUGUCCAGUAGCCCAAGCAGUUCAUGUCACAGUAAUCCUUUCAAUAACCCUGUCUUGCAGGCUAUGAGUGAAGACCAAAAUUACCUAGACUUUGUUAAGCUGAGCAAAGGUGCAACUCCCACAAAUGAUGCAGUAUUAGAGAGAGGCUCGGUAGUAUGCUUGUCACUAACGAAGAGGAACCAUGGACGCUCAGAGCCAGAUUUGAGGUCAGUGGGACUUGAUGUAGCCCCAGGACCCGGUGCUAACAGUUCCGAUUACUCUUCAAAUGCAAAUGCAGUGGAAAUCCCUGUGAAUGAGUCAUUGCAGGCAAGAGCUGCAAGGAUUUUAGGUAUAGAUAUAGCAGUGGAGUCUCUCCUUCCAGAUGACCGCCUUGAGCCCCACCCAAGCACUAGCCCUGCAAAUGGUGCCCAGGACUUUGGGUCAUCAGUGGGGAGCGCAGUAAGUGACAAAGGAAAAAAAAAAGAGGGUUCUUACGAAGGCAGACGAAAGUGUGGCUGGACAGAAAGUGCUCUUUUUGUCAGAGUAGGAGGCCGAUCUUUAUACCCUGAUGAAUGCAAGACUGCUCACCAGGAAACCAGUGCUAAACCACAGGUAACAGAGCAAGUUCUUGAACAACCUGCGAGUCCCAGCCAAGGUGAGGACCAAAACUUGGUUUGCAAGUCAACUGUGUAUCCACAUUCAGAAAAGAGAGUGAGAAGCACUUCAAAAGUGAUAGAGACACUCCAAGGCAAGCUCACUUCUCCACCUAGCCGGACUGCCAUGGAUCGCUUAGUACGAAUGAAAGAAGUUGACUCUGUGUCCCGGAUGAGACGCCUGAGCAUUAAGAGCGCAGACUCAGGAGAGGAGGUGGAUGAGGAGAAGCUGUCGAGGGUACAAGAGGAAAGAGGAAGCAAACUGGCAAGCUCAGGGGCUGUUUCCAAGCGUGUCAUCUCUCUCAGUGAAAACGGAUAUUUAGGUGGAAUGGACAAGAAGAAGAUCAACAAAGAUUUUUCUUUAGAUACAUAUGACCCCACCAAAGUUGAAAAGGUGUGAGAUGAAUGAAGAGAAUAGAGAGACUUCUGUUCAACUAAGAAUGUUUCACUGAUGUAUUUUCUUUCUUUUCUGGGUGCUCUUUGUUUGUUUUUUUUGUUCUUUGAUGCUUGGAAAUUGCCUCCAUUUGUGGUGUUCAUGGUGUACUGAUAAUGCCUUUACCACUGCCACUAGGAAUUAGCUAUUUGUAUCUGAACCUGUUGCGGAGACCACAACAAAAUCUGACUUAUACAUUGGAACCAUCUGGCUUUGUAGCAUUAAAACUUAAUUCCAACUGUUGGAAAUGGGUUUUUAUCUGAACUCUAUUUCAGUCUUCAGUGGGGACAAUGAAAUGCAUGAAGUGAGGCUUUUGAGCUUUCUCUUUGGUGUAAAUGUAAACGUGGGAGAUUAGUGAAAUGAUUUUUUAAAGAAUGUGAAUUUAUAAGCUAAACUUCUAAGUAUCUACAGUCUAAACUUUGUUUAACUUAAGGGAUUUUUGGCCAUAAGUAGAAAGUGCUGCUGCACGACGUCAGAGAAGGAAUGUGAGAGAAUGAUAGCGAAGACCAAUUGUGAAAUUAUUUCUAACUUCCAGAGUUUGAAUUUACUCAGAUUAAAUACUUGCUUGCCACCUAGGGAGAAGAAAAACAAAAACCCCAAAGCUUCUAAAAGAUGGAAGACUUUUGUAGUACAGUGUACAGAAUGUGUAAUUAUAGUAGCUGGCAACUAGUGUUUCAAACCAAUGCAAAGUAUACCACUGGCUGUUUUGCACUCAGUAUUACCUAUUUUUGUUUUGCUGUUUAGAAAUUCUUUAUAUGAAAGAAUAGUAGCUGGUUUAAAAUAGCCCAUUUUAACAAAGUAACUAUAUUUCUUGUUACAAAAUACUAUCUAUUUUUCUACGAUGUAAACAAUUGCUAACAAGUGGCAAGUAUAAAGAAGUAUUAUUAUUAUUGUUAUAUUUUAAGACCUACCCCUCUGAGUGAAGGUGCCCCAAGCAGAUUUCACUUGUAUAUCUUAAUGCACACUCCAUAUUGCCACAUACGCAGUAGUGCCACCUUAUUUUGUUCUAAAAAGAGCCAUCUAUGUAUGUAUGUACUACAGUGUUUUUUCCCCGCUCAACCUUUGGAUCAUUCUUGGAACCACUUUCUGAAACACAGCUGAGAACUGUCUGGGCUGGUGUUGCUGCCAUUAUAUUCCUUGGCAGCCAUGAUGAAAACAUGGGUUUGGAUCUCAGUCCCAGUGUCUCUGAGUGGCUCAGACAAAAUACCUGGUUUCUUUCUUUUACUUUAUUCUCUUUCUUACAGAUUAUGGGUUUGAAUUGGGCCAGUGUAUAAAAAAUAAACAGAACUGCGUUUAAUUCUUCCCUGAAGUCAAUUGAUGUUGCUGGGGAGAGUUCAGGUGUCUUCUUGAUGGCAUUUAAAUACAUGGCUUUAAGUGUAUUUUAUCUGCACACACAAAUGCAUGAAUUACAGAAGCUACAAUAAAGCCUAUGCAUUCUGCUCCUUCUAAAUUAGCCUGCAUAGUAUGUGUAUCUUUAAAGCCUUUAUGUCCACUCCUGUGUGGUUUUUUUGUAAGUACCCGUGUCCUGACAUUCUUCUAAUGACUUGUUCAUGUACUUCACCGGUCUAUUUUACUGGCCUUUUCUGUUUUUUUAGCAUAAUUUUAUUUUUAAAAAUCUAGUUUCUUGAAAUAUUUUUCCUAAGUUUGUAAUUUUGAAAGAACGAUGGGGAAAAACACUCAUCCUGUGUUUUGGCAGAAAGAAUUUCUUGUCUGUAACACAUGAUUCUGUUACAUAUGGACUAUUUAAAGCUUGUUUGAAAAGAAAAUGUGGUCUAUAAUUUA